AUGUCGAACCCGUUGGACACCGACGCCGGCUCGGAGCUCUUCAGCAGCUACGAGACCGAGCUAAAGCUGGUGCAAGCCGAUCUGAAUCAGAAGUUGGACCAGAUCGCCGAGUCAAGCGGUGAACAACGAAAGUCAGCAAUUAGGCAAGCCGAGAGAGCCCUGGAUGAAGCCACGGAAUUGCUAGAUCAAAUGCGCAUGGAGAAGCAGAACAUCCCCUCAGCAGCACGAUCGAAGAUCAACACGCGCGUUCGCAACUACGCUACCGAUAUCGACGAGGCCAAACGCAAGUUGAGGUCUCUUUCCGAUGACCGCAAGGCGCUCUUCGGCGACCGCUACACAGAUGAUCCGCAGGACGAACAUCUGGAACAAAGGCAACAGCUCCUGUCUGGUACGGAGCGGUUGGAGCGGAGUUCCGCCCGGCUCCAGGAGAGUCAGCGCAUCGCCCUCGAGACGGAGGAUAUUGGUCGCAACACCUUGGCCGACUUGAACCAGCAGCGCGAGACGAUCAUGAAUGCGCGGGGUCGGCUGCUCGAGAGCGAAGGAUAUGUAGACACCAGUAUCAAGACACUAAGGGGCAUGGCCCGUAGGAUGGCUACGAAUCGGUUGAUCACAAUUGCAAUCAUCACUGUCUUGAUCCUGUUGAUUUUUGCCGUUAUCUACAGCAAGUUCCAUUGA